UAAAAAUUGUGUGGAGCUGUUAUUUGAAACGGCGUCAUUUUGGCUCACUUUAUCUUCUCCUCCCUCCUUCAACGAACCAGUGACUCAGUGAGUGUGAGCAGCAGAAAUGGCUACUUCCUGUUCAGCUUCAUUCGCCGGCUUCUCCAUCAUCUCAAGACCUUCUCCUCAACCCAAAUUCAUCCUCUUCAACAUCCCUCCUCGAACCACAACCCUCCACCACCGAACCGGCACGUCCCGGUUCACAUGCUCCGCCGGCCCGACCGGAUUCUUCACGAAACUGGGCCGGUUGUUGAAGGAGAAGGCAAAGAGCGAUGUGGAGAAGUUAUUCUCUGGUUUCUCCAAAACCCGCAGCAACCUCGCCGUCGUCGACGAGCUACUUCUCUACUGGAACCUCUCCGACACCGACCGAGUCCUCGACGAACUCGAAGAGGCUCUUUUAGUGUCUGAUUUUGGUCCAAGAAUCACUGUAAAGAUAGUGGAGAAUUUGCGUGUGGACAUUUUGUCAGGGAAGCUCAAAUCAGGGGCUGAGAUAAAGGAAGCACUGAAGAAGAAUGUUUUGGAGUUGUUGACAACUAAGGGGAGUAAGACUGAACUUCAACUUGGAUACAGGAAGCCGGCUGUAAUAAUUAUAGUUGGUGUUAAUGGUGGUGGGAAGACAACAUCUUUAGGAAAGCUGGCAUAUAGAUUGAAGAAUGAAGGAGCCAAGAUAUUGAUGGCAGCUGGUGAUACAUUCAGAGCAGCUGCUAGUGAUCAGCUGGAAAUAUGGGCUGAAAGGACUGGGUGUGAGAUUGUCGUGGCUGAAACUGAGAAAGCCAAAGCAUCGUCAGUGCUUUCACAGGCUGUCAAAAAAGGAAAAGAGCUAGGUUAUGACAUUGUAUUAUGUGAUACAUCUGGACGUUUACACACUAAUUACAGCCUAAUGGAAGAGUUGAUUUCUUGUAAAAAGGCUGUUGCUAAAGUAGUUCCUGGCGCACCAAACGAGAUCCUACUGGUUCUGGAUGGGACUACUGGUUUGAAUAUGUUGCCACAAGCAAGAGAAUUUAAUGAAGUUGUGGGUGUUACUGGUUUAAUUUUGACCAAACUGGAUGGUUCUGCUAGAGGUGGCUGUGUGGUUAGUGUGGUUGAUGAGCUUGGAAUCCCUGUAAAAUUUGUGGGUGUUGGAGAAGGUGUUGAAGACCUUCAGCCCUUCGAUGCAGAGACUUUUGUCAAUGCCAUUUUUAUGUAAACCAAUCACCAAUGUGUUUGAAUCAUCUGUUAGCAGAGCAUAUUGACAUGAAUUUGCACAGGCAGAGCAACACAUGGCCACAGGAAAGAUAGAUAACAGUUUAUUAUUGAAGCCAUUCUUGAGAGAGGUCAAGUGUUGCCUAAGCAUGUAUAUGAUUUUGGGGGUGCAGAGCUACCAUUACUUUUAACGCAAGCUGAAGGUUUAUAAUCCCUUCACAUUUUUUGUGCUCGACAGUUUCUGACAAUGUGACUGGUUGACUUGGUGGUGGGGUAUAUUUUUCACUUAAAGUACUAAAUGAUUUAUUGUGGGGUGUUCAUGUAAAUGAAACUACAGCCAGGCUAAUGAUGAUUUUUACUUUCAUCGACUUCUCAAUGAGGUUUCCUAUGUAAUUGUUUGUCUUGUAAACUUACCUGGAAAAAACCCUUCAAACAGCAAGCCUUCUAUGA